UUCGGGAGCUCCCUAGGGUUCUUGUUAGAGCCCAUUAUACAAGAAUUGAAGAACACGCAGUUGUUUGGUUACCAAGAAACCGAUGGAAAAUUUGGAGGGCGAAGGUUACAGAUUAGGCUAUGAAUAUCCAAACAAACGACGAACUAAUCCAAAACCAACCCCAAAAGUAGACAAAAUAUAGACAAAUUUCAGUUGGUUGAACCGAAAGGCGAUUGGAUUUGGAGCCCAUUUCAGUUUCGACGACUUGGCGCGGAAAUUGGAAGUUCACAGGAACCAUUAAUUUUAGGUGGAAUUGGUCAUAUCUUCACGUAAUCUAACAGUCUUUGGAGUUUCAAUAAUUUCGCCACCAAACCAUCAAUCUCUGUAAAGUCUUGAACCCGUCAACUAACUCAUGUGUUCAUCUUAUGAAGACCUGCCCUGAGGUCGAGGUUAUGGAGUUUAGACCAGGCAAGGAGACUCGUUCUGGGACCAAGUGGACCAGGAUUCACCUAUCUUGGGUGCUGUGGGUAUCCACGGAGCCGCCGCCUUCUGAACCUUCCAUAGCCUGUGAAACUUCGUUAGCUGCUGAAGGAAAACCCCACCUUUUUCCUUUCUUGUGUGUAGAGAGCUUGGAAGACUUCUCAUCAUGUUUAAAAUGGAAAAGCACAUCAAGCGCCAGGACUCCAAUAUACAGUUUAACAGAAACGUUCCAGGCUGCUUCUGGAGCAUAUUCCAUACUAUUGAUUACCAUCCCUGGCAUAAUGUUAAGAAGAUGCUUCCUUACAGAAGGCAUUCAAAAAGCAAGGGAAGUCCAAAAUCAACUAUGAACAGCCACCACGUUGCUGAAGCGACAGAACAGAUUAACGACGAAAACAAGCCUUUAUGGUGUACUGCAGAGAGUUGUCCUAUUGGCAGCAAACCUGGAGAAGGAUAUGUAAAUGAAGUGAUAAGUAAAGAGAUAUCAGAGGAAGAAAGCCAAAAAUACUGGAAGUUAAACUCGAAUUCGAAACGAAGUUUGAGUCGAACGCAAUCUAUACAUCAUUUAGAGUCUUCGUCAUAUUAUUGUCGACAUAUAAGUCCUAUGGAAUUGGGUGCACCAGGAAUAAAGAGUAAUUCUCUGAAUGCCAUGGAUUCUGAAAACUACUUUACUCGGAGAAAGAUUGAUACCCAGUUGACAUCUUUUACAGAGAAAUCUAAUGGAGUAAGGAAAACCUUAGAAAGUAAACAGAUCGACAGAAAUAUCUCGAGUCACUCAUUUAAGGAAGACGUUCAUAUCCAAGAGAUAUUUAAGGCAAAUCGAAAACUAUUUGCUGAAUUGUUACAAGGUGCACAGAGUAAGAAAACUCUCCAAACCCCGCAAAAUAAGAAGUCCUCUGCAAGUCUAGCAAAAUCAAGGUCGUUUCCUGCUCCUGGUUUAGCACGAAAAGGAUACAAAAAGCUUAGCUCACUCCAACACAAGCUGAACGAGUCCUUUCCGAAAGUACGAAAGUCUGGCUCUUCCCAACCAUCAAAGCUGGUUGAAUCUGAAUCUCCUAAGAAUUUUCAUGAAGAUGUGAUGCCUUGUGACUCUGAUAGUACUUCAAGCUCUAACAUAACGCCGCAAACAAGCUCGUCUUCCUUUGGCCCGAAUCGUGGACUAAGGCAUGGGGGGUGGAAUCAGUUGGUUGUCAAGCGUUUCAAUUUUAUUAAACAGAAAAUAAGGCAUUCAUUCAAGGAGAGGAAGAAGGGAAAUAACCAGAAAACAUCUAAAGGAACACCAACCCAAACCGUGAAUCCCUCUGGACAUGAACUUCCCCUUAGCAGAGAAGAGGCGCAGGAAAGUUUAGGAACUGCCACGAGCAAUGAUGGCUUAGGCAUUAGAGGAUACAGUGAGACUGGCAAUUCUGAGAAUGAUAAUCUCAGUGAUGGAGUUCAAACCAAGACAGGAACUGCUUCAUUAAAGGCUCCUCUGGAAAGAUAUUCUCAACAGCCCGAAAGGGAGGCAAAGUGCUUCGACUCACAAAGCUUAAGGCUGAUACGUGAAGAAACGAUUCCGAAUAUAGAGAAGCGUCGAAAAUCCUAUGGAAGGAAUCUUUCUUUGCCUGAUAUAGAUCUCUUUUGCACAUUAUUUACUGACCCUUCUCCUGCUGUUUCUCGCACAGAAAAACCAAAGAGGGGCGUGGUGCAUUCGAGUACAGAUAAUAAUAUGCGAAUAGAUGAGAAUCCAGCCCAUCUAUUAAACGAAGUGAUAUCUGAACCAUUGGAUAGUGAUUCACAGAGUGUGGUAGAAAAAAGUGAUGAUAACAUGCCUGUUGAUUAUUCAGGUAGUUUAAACGAGGUAAAAAAUGAUGAGGGAGCUGCUUGGGCAGAUAAGCUUGAGGAGAAAAUACCUCACCUAGAUUUUUCAGAUGGUGAACACCAUCAAGUAUUGGGUAGUGAAUGUGUAAUUGAAGAUGUCGAUGUCAGUGACACUGUCGAUCAAGUCGGUGAGCUUUCACCGACUGUCGAUCAAGUCAGUGAAACUUGUUUUCGAGAUGAUGAAACUUCAAAGCUGUCCGACUCAGAAGGUUCCAUAUUAAAUCGUAGGUGCAGUGCUGCAAAUGAGCUUGAACCUUCUGAUGACCAACCUAAGGAGGCGAGCGCAGAAGCUUUAUCAGCAUCUGAAACCAUUGUCAAUCAUGAGAUAAUUGAUGCUGAGAAGAUUUCUAACUAUCUCUAUCUGAAUUCCGAACUUGGUAGAAUCAACAAUGCUGACUUCAACUAUAUGAGGUAUAUUCUACAGCUCUCCAGCUUUAUCGAAAGUGGUCAUACAAUAGACCGACCGCUCAGUUCUUCGAUAUUCGAGGGAGAGGAGGCCCAGUUUUACAAAAAACUUGAAUGCUAUUGGGAGAAGGUUGACAAAGAUUCUGAUCACCAGCUUUUGCAUGAUUUAGUUUAUGAGACAUCACACAACGUAUUUGAAAAAUCAUUCACUUCUUUCCUUAAAAACUUCUCCUCGAGGAGCCAAAUCCGACCAAUGCCACUCGGGCAGUAUCUUCUCGAGGAUGUCCGAGAAAAAGUUGCCUGGUACCUAUGCUUGGGACCAGAACUAGACCAGUCAUUAGACGAUGUUGUGGGGCGAGAUUUAAGAAAAGGUGACGAUUGGAUGAACCUCCAAACUGAAAUAGAGUACAACGCACUUGAGUUGGAGGAUUUGAUUCUUGAUGAGCUUUUAGAGGAAGUAAUAAGUUUUUAGGAUUCCUGGUUAGAUCAUGUUGUUGAUAAUACUGUAUAGUGGCAAUCUCCAAAUCAGUACAUAGAAGUUCUUGUUCUGUCAGGUCCAAGUAGGUGGAAUAGAUAAGAUUCUUAGCAUUUUCAAUCACACACAUACGUCUGUUUUUCUGUACUUAGGAGUUUCUUGUUUGGAUGUAUACGAACAACCACUGCAGUUUUGUGGUUCAUUUGGUUCUUCCCUACCUCUAAUCAAAAUUCUUGUUAUACUUAA